ACCUGAAUACACGGCGGAGCUGCUAUGCUUUCUGCGUGUUCGGAAAGCAGCAACAGAACGCGAAACUUUCGCGUUCUGUGGCUGCUUUCGCGGCGAAAGCAACAAAAAACAAACAAGAAGCACCCAUCGUAUUUGCGGGUAUGAUGUAAGCUGUUCCCCCUUGACCGUAUACACGUUUUUCUCGCUUUCUGAAGUGAAUACAAACUCUAAUAAUGUCCGUUCGCUGUCGCUCGCGGCGCUCAAUAUUUGGCACGCUUAUACCUUAGACGGGAUAAAUCCUAUAGCUCGUCUGCUGAAGCGUCGUAAUGUAGCCACACUUGCAUAUCCUUGGAGCACCAUGGCAGGAGGGGAUGAAACGAUGACACGAACAGAGAAGGAAAAAGGAAAUUAAAACAAGCAUGGGCAGAAAGAAGACGAGUGCAUUCAGGAUCAAUGUUGGCACUGAAGAUGAAAUGCCCUUGGAGAGCUUUCGAUGGAGCUGCAAGAGAGCAAUAGCUGGAUGGGUGGCUGUGGUUCUCUGCGCUGGCAUCCCUUUAAUUCUAUCCUCUUGGAAGCGAAGCAUUUUGCUUCGGUUCACACAUGCGCGUUGUCACCCGGAUGUGGCGCAUAAAGUUCUGCUCAAGGACAAAUACUCGAAAGAGUAUGUGGAAAAGGUUCAUAGGGGCCACAGACCCUUGAAAGAUGGCACAGAAUGCAUCUACUUUUGCAAUAAGCGGACCAAGUACGUCUGGAAGACAGACUUGCAACGGUUCGUCGCGUUGCAGGGACUGCAAGUGGACAACACCAGUGACUUCUACGAAAUGUCAAUGGGACUUUCAUCCAUGGAGGUCGACUACCAAAUGUCCCUUUUCGGACCAAAUUCCUUGUCCAUAGAGAUGCAACCAAUUUACAGAUUGGUGCUUCAUGAGAUUAGCAGCCCAUUUUAUAUUUAUCAGAUCUUCAUCGUGAUUGUGUGGCUUAUACAACUCUAUUAUCAGUUCAGUGUAUGCAUCCUUUUGUUCUCAAUCAUCUCGGUUUCUAUCUCAGUCUACCAGACGCGCAAGCAAACGAGGGCUCUAAAGGAAACUGUUCACACGGAAUCAUUGGUCACUGUCAUCAGAGAUGGCGCUGAGUCCAAAGUUUCAUCGAAAGAACUAGUCCCUGGGGACGUCAUCAUUAUACCUGAACAAGAGCACACAAUGGAAUGCGAUGCCGUCCUCAUCAGCGGUGACUGCAUUGCCAAUGAAAGCAUGCUUACUGGGGAGAGUUCGCCGGUGUCGAAGGUGCCUGUCUCAGCUGACGACAAUUACGUCAGCACUGUCGACAAGAAGAGCAUUCUCUUCAACGGAACAACGAUGCUACAUUCACGGAAUACCGACAACAAAAAAGUGAAAGCCAUUGUCUACAGAACCGGCUUCUCCACGCUGAAGGGAGAACUAGUUCGUUCCAUCCUGUACCCGAAACCAGUAAACUUCAAGCUGUAUACCGACCUCAUUAGGUCUACGGUGAUCUUCUUGAUUAUUGGCAUUCCAGCGAUGAUAUACACUGGAGUUGUGUUCCACAGACUGGGUGCAUUUACAGUAGACAUAGUGAUCACAGUGAUUGAUGUGGCUACGUUCGUGGUGCCACCGUUGCUCCCAGCCGUGUUGACAAGCAUCAACGCGGCUGCUCAGAAGCGGCUCAAGGACGAAGGCGUGUAUUGCCUUAACUCUACGUGCAUCAACUUGUGUGGAGCACUCGACGUGGUCUGUUUCGAUAAAACAGGUACACUGACAGACAAUAGCCUGGACCUUUCAGGCAUCAUACCUUCAGAAGGGGGAGUGCUGCAACCGCCAGUACCGCACCCGAGAGAUCUGCCCCGCUGCCCCAUGGUGCUUGCGUUGGCCACCUGUCAUUCGCUGCACCUCGUCAACCACAGACUAGUCGGUUACCCUUUAGAUGUGAAAGCGUUCGAGAGCAUUUGUUGGAGCCUCGUGGAACCAAAGGGAAAGGAGAUCGAAGGCUUCGAACGGGUCCCACCACGCGUGGUUAAGCCCCCUAACCCAGGUGAGGGUGGCUCAAACAUUGCUAUUUUGAGGCAGUUCCCGUUCGACUCCCAGAUGCAGAGAUCAUCAGUCAUUAUCAACGUUGCGGAGAGCAAGCAGUUCCAACUGUUCGUUAAAGGAGCCCCAGAAGUUAUAAAGGAACUGUGCCGCGCCGAAACAGUUCCCGCCAACUUCAGGGAGACACUUGAAGGCUACGCGAGGAGGGGUCUUCGCAUCUUGGCGGUCGCGUCUAACGUGCUACCGAAAGACACCACCUGGGACAGGGCUCAAUACAUGUUCACAAGAGCAGAGCUGGAGCAGGAUCUCAAGUUUGAAGGUUUCCUCGUGUUGCAAAACAAACUGAAAUCGGGAACAGCUGCCACAAUUAACGUUCUUGAAGCUGCUGAUAUCAAGACCGUCAUGGCAACAGGUGACAAUCUGUUGACGGCUGUUACGGUAGCUUGCGACUGUGGCAUGGUUAAAGAAAAUGAUGCGGUCAUCCAAGUAGAAGCCGAGCUGUUGAAUUAUAGUGACCUGAAAGUGACAUACACUUACACUAAGUUGCCAGGACUCAGCGAAAAGCUAGUGCUGGGUCAUGGCGGAGCCAUCGAGGAUGUGUCCAUUCCGUUGCUAUCCGACUACACCUACCACUUGGCGAUGGAUGGGAAGACCUUCGCGCUCAUUCGAGCCCAUGACAAGGAACUUCUUCGUAGGAUUGUUUUAAAGGGCAAGGUGUUCGCGAGGAUGUUACCACAGAUGAAGUUGCAGCUAGUAGAAGCCCUACAGGAAAUAGGGUUUCAAGUCGGCAUGUGCGGAGAUGGUGCAAACGACUGCGGAGCUCUCAAAGCGGCCCAAGCAGGCAUUUCAUUGUCCGUGGCAGAAGCGUCGGUGGCUUCUCCGUUCACGGCACAGAAGGGUAAUAUCCAGUGCAUUCCAGACGUUAUCAGGGAAGGACGAGCUACAUUGUCUGCAACCUUUGGAGCUUUUCGCUACAUGGUCUGCUACUGCUUUGUGCUCCUUAUGGGCGCACUUUACCUCUUUUGGGACGGACAGACGCCUUCGCAAGGCGCUUACGUGUUCAUCGACAUCGUUGUCAGCCUUCUUCCACCCAUGUUGUUCGGAACUUCGGAAGCGUUCAGCAAAAUCAUCAAGAGGCCUCCAGCCAAAAGCGUUUCCAAUUUCCUGUCCAUCUUGUCAAUUCUAUCGUUCAUCGUGAUCCAAACUGGUUUCCACGUGAUCGCUUACUACUUCUGCAUCAGACAGCCCUGGCAUGAACCAUUCGUCUUCGACAAGUCUCACAUCCACACCCCCGCACCGACUUACAUGGCCACUGCAGUGCUCAGCAUCAACUGUAUGUCUCACGUCAUUGGUGCCGUUGUCUUCAUGCCAGGACCGCCGUACACUAAGACUAUGAUAACAAACAAGCUGUACAUGGCAGUUGUAGUGUUCGAGUUCCUCGCCGUAUCGUACGUCACUCUGUAUCCUGCAGCUUUCCUCAGGGACUACAUCAAUUUCAAAGAAGCACCGCAUUUUCAAUUUCACGUCGUCAUCUACAUGCUGUCCCUGCUCAACUUUGCCAUCACUUAUUUGUGGGAGGUGUACUUCAUUCAGCAUUUGUUGCACAAAGUUCAAACCGCACUGCGGAAAAUGAGAGGACCCAUUCAUAUGUACGAGAAAAUCCAAAGGGAGCUCUCACUGGACACCAAGUGGCCCCCCAUGGGAAAAGCGGACACAGAACCUCCCUCUCCGGACUACGACCCAGACAUCGCCUUGUUCCGAGACUCCGUUAUUCGAAGGCAGCCCGAAACGCCAAAUACGACUCCCUUGCGCAAAUUCCACGGUGACGACGUCCACGAAAUGAACAUCUACGAGAGGCCAUCGGUGACGUUCAAAACCUUCCGGCAGAGCGACCGGAGGAGACACAACAACGAAGUCCGAUAACUAUUAAUUGGAAACCCGAUUUCGCGAGAACUUGUGAGAUGAAAUAAUAACAUUGAACACUUUCA